AUGGGUCUAUUAUCUGAAGGAAAUCCUUUAUCAUGGACUGAGAUAAAACUUGCUCUUCAACAAAUACGAACUUAUGCUCUUGAUCAACUUGUACGUGUCUUCAAUAAAUGUAAAGAUCGACAGAAAGAUGCAUUUCUAUGGGGAGAUGAGGUUGAAUUAACAUUAGUUAGAUUUGAUCAUGAAAAUAAAAAUGUUCGACUAUUAUUAAAAAAUCAUGAAAUAUUACCAAUUUUAAGCGAAUUAAACAAAAAAAUUGAUGAUGAAGCAUGUCGUAUAGCUUGGCAUCCUGAAGCAUGCGAUUUUAUUAUUGAAGGUAUUCCAUUCCGACCUUAUGGCUUUUCACCAUCUUAUUUUAAUACAGUCGAAGCAAAUAUGAGACUAAGAAAAGAACAAGUACAACAAAUUUUAUUUGAACAAUCCGACUGUGAAUAUGUUUUAAGUAUUGCUGCGUUUCCAGGAUAUGGACAAGGACAAUACACAUAUCCACCGAUUGAAUAUGGUCCUUCUUAUUCCGCUGAAAAAUCUUUAUGUUUUCCGGAUUCACUUCUAUCACCUCUUCAUCCAAGAAUGAAAUCUUUAUCAACAAAUAUGAGUGAACGACGUCAAUCUAAAGCAUCAAUUAACAUUCCAACUAAAAAAUAUUUAAUUUUUUUAGUAUUCAAAGAUUCAUGUACACCAUCUCCAUUUCGUGAUGAGUUAUUUAAAGACGAUCCUGAUAUAAAAGAUGAUCAUAUUCAUUUGGAUAGUUCAAUAGCUGGUUGGGGUUGUUGUUGUCUUCAAGUUACAUUUCAAGGUGAAUCAUUUAAAGAAAGUAUUCAUCUAUAUGAUCAAUUAUUACCAUUAUGUCCAAUAAUGGUAUGUUUAAGUGCUGCAUGUCCAAUAUGGCGUGGUUAUUUAUCUGAUAUAGAUUGUCGAUGGAAUGUAUUAAGUGAAGCUGCUGACGAUCGAACAAUUGAAGAAAAAAAACAAAAAAAUCUUCCAUCACGUUAUGCUUUAGCUCCAUUGUAUUUAGCUGAUAAAAAUAAACAUUUAAAUGAUAUUGAUUAUGCAGUUGAUCAGUAUGUUGUUGCAAAACUUAUUGAUCAAGAAAUGCCUGAAACAUUAUCCCGUCAUUUUGGUCAUUUAUUUACUCGUGAUCCACUUGUUGUUUUAAAAGAACUUCUUCAUCCAAUUGAUGAUACAACUACGUAUCACUUUGAAAAUUGCAAUACUCAUGUAUGGAAUAGUUUACGAUUAAAACCACCACCGCUAAAUGAUAACUUAAUGGGAUGGCGAGUAGAAUUUCGACCAAUGGAUAUUCAAAUAAGUGAUUUUGAAAAUGCAGCACUUGUUGUUUUCUUAGCAUUAACCACAAGAGUUAUAUUAACUUAUGGUCUUGAUUUAACGAUACCAAUAUCUCAGGUUAAUGAAAAUAUGGAUACGGCACACUGUCGAGAUUCAGUGCGCCGAGAAAAAUUUUAUUUUCGAUGUGGCACUUACAUUUCUCAAAUGUUUAUGAAUGAAAUUAUAAAUGGUAACAAAGAUUUUCUUGGUCUUGUUCCACUUGUUAGAAAAUAUAUUCAUGAACGAGAAGAUAUUGAUGCUAAUACAAGACAUACUGUCGAGCAAUAUCUUUUACUUAUAUCAAAGCGAGCUGCAGGAACUUUAUUGACAAAUGCAUCAUGGAUACGACAAUUUGUACUUUUACAUCCAUCAUAUAAACAAGAUUCAAUUGUAUCGGAAGAAAUUCAAUAUGAUCUUGUUUGGAAAAUGACACAAAUCGCAAAUGAACAUGAAGAUUGUCCACAAAUUAAAGACCCAAAAAUGCAUACAUAUACUGAAUUACAUUCAAAAUGA